AUGGGUGAAAUAGUUGUUCCUCGUUGUGUUUUUCCCCAUUCGAAUCCGCAAUCUGUUGAAUUGCAUGGAUUUUGUGACGCCUCCAGUCUGGGAUAUGGAGCUUGCGUCUAUGUUAGAUCUUGUGAUAUGACCAACUGUAAAAUUUCCCUCUUUACCUCAAAAUCUCGAAUCGCACCCUUAAAGAACGCUAAACUCACGAUACCACGCUUAGAGCUAAGCGGUGCGCUUGUACUUGCACGAUUGAUUUCCAAUAUAACGCACAACCUUAAGAUUUCAUUUUCCAGAAUCAUUCUCUGGUCCGAUUCCACCACAGCACUUUCCUGGAUCAAGACCGACCCUAGUCGACUCAAAACCUACGUAAGCAACCGAGUCAUCGAGAUACAAGAGUUGGCUAAAGGCAUUGAGUGGAGAUACGUGGGGACGCAUGACAAUCCAGCAGAUGUAAUAUCUCGAGGAUUGUUGCCUUCCGAGAUACGAGAUUGCGAAAUCUGGUGGUCAGGCCCGAACUUCCUGUACCACGACGAAGAAGAUUGGCCUAAAAGAUUCCAGCACAUCCCGACCGAGCAACUUCCGGAAACGAAAAACCCAAGCAUGAGCCUCACAGUUACUGACCCUCCUGCCAUGUUUUACCUGUUUGCGAAAGAGAACAACUAUCGAGAAAUGCAGCGGAUAAUGGGAUUAGUUCUACGAUAUAUCGACCACAUACGACCCAAGAAAGACAGACAGCAUCGAUACGGCGUCCUACGUAUUCCAGAGCUACAACGAGCGACGGUUGCAUUGGCCAGUAUUGCGCAACAAGAGACAUUCCCCAACGAAUUCAGCUGCCUCGACGCCGGAAAGGUAAUUCACAGUAAAAGUAAACUAAUCAGCUUAUCUGUGUUUUUAGAUCGAUCAGAAUAUGUUCUGCGAGUGGGGGGUCGAAUUCGUCACGCACAACUGCCAGAAAGUCAGAAGCAUCCUAUUAUUCUGCCAGCCACGCACUGUUUCACUCACGCCGUGAUUCGUGCGUAUCACGUUGAGAUGUUGCAUGCCGCUCAACAGCUUCUACACUCAACCAAAUCGACACAUUGUGGCUAUGUGUGA